GGGCCUCCUGGGUGGGCCCAGUGGGGGCGUGGCACGCUGCCCUCGGGGCCGGGCGGACCGGGGUGCGCCGGGGAGGGGCGCUGCUGUCCGGCGUAGUCUGUACUCCUGUUCAGCCGCUGUCCUCCCGGGAACCUUGGGGAUGUGGAUCCCGGAUUCCAGGGACCGCAGUUGAGCCAGCCUCGCCAGUCCUGUACCACUUGCUGAGGAGCAGGAUCUCGCGGACAGGUCCGAGAGCAGGUCAGGAUCGGACUAGGCUUUACAACCCUUAGGUCUGCCUGGGCUUAUGAAGACAAAGCCCCCCAAGACCAAUGAGCAGAUAGAUGCCCCAGCAGUUGGCCAGGAUCAUCUGUUGAACACCCCCUCAGGUACUCCACCGACCAGUGGCCACAGUUAAGCUCUGGAAUGUGCUCAGGAUGAUGGACAACAAGGACUUAGAAGCUGAAAUACACCCCUUGAAGAAUGAGGACAAGAAAUCACAGGAAAACCCAGGAAACCUACCAAGAAACGAAGAUAACUUGAAGAGCAAGCCUGUGCCUUCCCGCUUGUCCCGGUGCCGCACAGUGGCAUUUUUCCUUUCCCUGUUCACCUGCCUCUUCGUGGUGUUUGUCCUGUCUUUCAUCAUCCCAUGUCCAGACCGUCCCUCCUCACAGGGCACGUGGAAGCUUGACUACAACAAUGCAGUCAUGUACGACUUCCUGGCUCUGGGAGACAUAAACAAGGACAAGGUUCAGGACGUUCUUUUUCUUUACAAAAAUACCAACAGCAGUAACAAUCUCACCAGAUCCUGUGCUGAUGAAGGCUUUUCCACUCCUUGUGCCUUUGUGGUUGCGGUGUCAGGAGCCAAUGGCAGCGUGCUCUGGGAGAGACCCGUGGCCCAAGAUGUCGCCCUUGUAAAGUGUGCCAUGCCACAGACACUGGACAGUGACGAGGUGUCUUCUGCCUGUAUCGUUGUGGGAAGAGCUGGUUCUUUCGUUGCGGUCAGCUUUUUUACAGGAGAAACCCUGUGGAGCCAUCCCAGCAGCUUUAGUGGGAACGUUUCCAUCCUGAGCCCUCUGCUCCAGGUGCCUGACAUUGAUGGUGAUGGUGACGGUACUCCAGACCUCCUGAUCCUCGCCCAGGAGGGACAGGAGGUCAGUGGAGCUCUCUAUUCAGGUAGCACUGGGUACCAGAUUGGCCACAGAGGCAGCCUUGGUGUGGAUGGAGAUGGUGUCGCCCUCCUUCAUGUGACCAGAACUGGUGCUCAGUAUAUUCUCCUGCCCUGUGCAAGUGCCCUCUGUGGCUUCUCUGUGAAGAGUCUCUAUGAGAGAAUUACUGGGCGAGAUGGCCAUUUUAAGGAAGACCCCUACUGGGAGAACAUGCUCAAUCACUCUGUCCACAGGAGGCUUCUGCACAGACUUGGAGCAGUUCGCUACCUGAUGAAUAUCCCAGGGAAAGCUGGCCAGGACUUGCUCCUUGUGACCUCUGAGGCCUGCGUGUUGCUGGAUGGACAGGAUCUGGAGCCCAGGUGGACCCUUGGUGAAGUUCAGGUUCUGAGAAAACCUAUCCUUGGCCACUACAAACCUGACACCUUGGCUGUGGUCAUUGAGAAUGGAACCAGCAUUGAUAGACAGAUCCUACUUCUGGACCUCAGUACUGGGUCUAUCCUGUGGAGCCAGCCCCUCCCAAGCCUGCCUGGGGGCCCACCAUCCACAAGCCUGAUGACUGCAGACCACCGCUCAGCCUUCUUCUUCUGGGGCCUCCAUGAUCUUGUGAGCACUAAUGAGAUGGAUCCCCCGGAUGUGCAGCACAGUCUGUAUAUGUUCCACCCGACCCUGCCUGGCAUCCUGCUGGAGCUAGCCAACGUGUCUGCCAACAUCGUGGCCUUUGAUGCCGUCCUGCUUGAGCCAAGCCGCCAUGCUGCCUAUGUGCUCCUGACGGGCCCAGCAAGCUCAGAUGUGCCUGGCCUGGUCUCUGUCACCAAACACAAAGUGCAAGACCUUGUCCCAGGCAGUAGAGUGAUCCACUUGGGUGAAGGCAGCUCAGACAGCGACCAGGCUAUCCGGGACCGGUUCUCCCGACUACGGUACCGGAGUGAGAUGUAGGUGUUGUCGGCUGGAGCACACGGAGAGAUUCCAACUGUGAAAAGGAAGCCUCUUGGAAAGCUGGCCUGCUCUCGGCCUUCAUGCUGACCUCACUGCUCGCCCUGAUGAUUCGGGCCCUCUGGAGCUAUGGCCUUACCAGUUCUACCCAGGAUGUUGAGAGUGGGGGGCACCUUCCAGCCUCCUGCCCAUACCAUGUCCUCCCUCAAAGGUCUCACUGCGUGGCCCACUGAUCUGGUCAAGUAAGGCUCCCUGGGCUGGCUUGGGCAAGGCAGCCCACAGGAGGCUCAUUUAUCACUUCCUGCCUCCUUACCCUCUCCCAGGAAAGCCACCACUGUGUGCUGUGCUGCUCCCUAGUCCCUCUCAGGCCAGCCUGGCUUUCCCCAUUUCGGCACUGUCCCUCAGGGGUCACGAAACUCAGGGCUGUAGCUGGAACCUGAGGCUUGGAAGCUGCUUCCCCACAGCAGAAGGGAGCAUGUCUCCUGGAAAGCGAGCAACCCUGAGUCUGACCAGAGCCUCCGGGUGCGAGGGAUUUCCAGACUGUACGCUGAGUCAGUCCUUCGCCUCAGUACACUGUCCCUGCACCCUGGCACAGCGGGCACGUCUCUUUCCCUACUCUGGUGCUUAUCUGAUGGCGGUCUCACCUUGUGCCUUGUUUGUUGUUCCUGAAGCCCAAGGGCAACAGAGCAGCUUUGCCCAGAUCACAUCCAUAGCUCUGUAGCCAAAGCAGUCCCAUGACCCCAGCCACCAUGGAAACCAACACAAUAAACGAUUUGCACUGAUGGGGAAAGCCCCCGUAGUCCAGCGUGA